UGAGAUUUCACAGGAAAUAUGAGAGAUGCAAUGCCGAGAGGAGCCUUCUUCUUCUUCUGUUCUCUCUUCGGUCUUUGACUCCUCGCUGGCUCUCUUUGGUCUCUGCCUCCGCCAUUGAUAGCUUGACGGUGUCUCUCUCUCCGCCAACAGAUUGCAUUAACUCUCAACAGAUUCGUCUCUCUGUUUCUCUCUCCGUUCGGCUGACACAUUUUAACCUCACUGAUUGCUUUACCUAAUUUUUUUUUUUGGAGCCAUUCUCAUAGCAGUUUUUUCCCCCACCCAUCAGUUCUCCCUUUGGCAUUUCAGUUUCAGGUCAUGUCACCCAAUUUUUGGCCCAUUGCGUGUCCUCUUACCUGCGCGUCUCUGUUCUUCUUGUAACACUACUUCACAGUUCAUAUCUUGGUAGCCAUUCCGUCCCUGUCCUGGAGCUUUUUUAGUGUUUCUGAGAGAAUAGGGGAGGGUUUCUCUGGACAAUGAAAUUUCCUCGCGACGGUUAAAAAGUUCGCGUCUUUGAGUGGUUUACCGUGCUGGGUCAGACUCGGAUGAUUCGCUGUUUGUACGAGAAAGAGGAGAGCUGAGCUCUGGGGCUGCCCACGAUUUUUUUUUUAGGAAACUUCGGAAUAGAUUUAGGUUGAGCACAAGAGAAUGGAGGCGGAGAGAAAGCGCUCAAAAGGAGGGUUCUUUCAUAUGUUUGAUUGGAAUGGGAAGAAGUCCCGUAAGAAGCUCUUCCCAAACAAUUCAGAACUAGCAGAAGGAAUCAAACCAUGGAAAGAAAACGUCGAACGAGGGCCGAAGUUGCAGCUUCAUACUAUAGAGUUUGAAGAUAGAAGAGGAAAUGCGAGCACCAAAGCGAGUAGUAGUGACUUAAGCUGUGCUUCAUCAGUAACUAGUGACGACGCUUAUGGUACUAGACCUGCCAGUGUAGUUGCAAGACUCAUGGGUUUAGAUUCAAUGCCUACAACAUCAGCUCUGACCGAACCCUCUUCGAAUCAACAACUCCAACCCCGUAUAGUUAGAAAUUCACAGUACAGUCCUAUGGACUUUCUCAGUGUCUCUGGCAGGAUGGAAAUGCAUCAUUGGAGGGAAUCAAGGCAGCCAAUUGAAAGAUUUCAGACCGAAACUUUGCCGCCGAGAUCAGCUAAAUCAAUCCCAGUCACCCAUCACAGGCUAUUAUCUCCAAUUAAGUGUCCUGGAUUCAUCUCGUCGAAGGACGUAGCUUCCAUUGCUGAGGCAGCUGCCAAGAUAAUGGAGGCAAGUCCUAGGGCAGUGAAUAAUACCACUAGAGUGCCAUCAAUUGGUUCGCCUUCAGUUCCCAUGAGAAUCAGGGAUUUGAAGCAGAAAAUGGAAGCUGCACAUAGGGUGUCUAAACCUGGAACUUCAAGUGAACUCGGGAGAAAUUUGAAGGGUCAGCGUAGAGACGAGAGUAACAGUGGAUCAUCAUUAGCAGGCUCAUCUUCAUUCAGAAAGCCUCCAAAGGCUUCUCCUGAAAUCGCUAGGACAAAAGGGAAAUUAGUCCAACAAAGACCAGAUGGUUCAUCAACCAGAAGUAAUAACAGUAGAAUCAAGCCAAAGGAGAAAAAUGAGAUGAAAUCCCAGCAAAGCAUGCAAAGGAGUGUUCACAAGAAGGCCAUUGAAAAUAGGAGCAAUGUGCUUAAACAGAACAACCAGAAGCAAAAUAAUACUCUAUCUAGAAAGGGAACUUCAACCUCAAAGCAAGGUGGUAUAGCUGCAGCUCGGGCCUCGAGUGGUUCCUCGGGUUCAAAUAGGACUGUCAGCACGGUAUCUAUGAACUCCGAGAAGGAGAAGAGGAAGGCUUUCUCUCAGAAGAAACAGACAAUAAACGGUGAUCCUCCAUCAAACAGUGGGGCUGCUGCUACUCGGUUAUAUAAUAAGGAUUCGAGAGCCAUCAACUGUAAAAUUGCAGCUGAUGAAUGCACGAAGAACACGGGAAAUGAGAAGAACAGUUUGGAUGUGGUUUCAUUCACAUUCACUUCUCCAAUGGUGAGGAACAACAUGUCUAGGUCAUCUCUGUCCUCGGAUGGUUCGACACGGAACAAUAUUGGCUUGAGUAUGAUUGGUGGUGAUGAGUUGGGUGUUCUUCUGGAACGAAAGUUGAGAGAGUUGACGGAUAAAAUGGAGUCAGGGUCACUUAAGUCAGCACCAUCAGUUAACGUAAUGAGUGAUACGUCCUCGGCAGCUGAGCAGAAUGUUUCUGAACUUAGUUUAGAUAAAGUGGAGUUGCACAAGGCAGAUGGCGAGUGGUUAUCUGAAGAGAAGUUACCAUUGAAGUCUCACCAUGAGCGCCAGUAUCAGCAAUCAGAAGAACCAGAAGAGCAUAGCUGUACCAGCAGUUACAUUGAAAGGGGGAAAGAACUUGGAUCUCAAUCUCCUAGUUAUACAGAAUGGAUUCCAGACCAAAGUUGCUCAGAUUCUCAGGGUAGUGAUCAACUAUGUUCAUCCUCGGCUCAAGCUCCAACCACAUUAAACUCAGCCUCAACUAACAGAACUCAGGACGAUGAAGAACUCGAAACCGAGCUCACAGAUUCUGCCACCUCAUCAAUCUCCAUAGCUAGCCACCCUCGACACACCACCUCACUAAUACUUCCAGCAACGACAACCAAGCAUAACAACGAUCCGAGCAACUGGGAACUCGACUACGUUAGCCACAUACUAUACAGCGCCGAGAUGAACCUGGAAGACCUGGCACUGAGCUGUAGCCCCUCCAAGAUCAUAUCCCCGAACCUCUUCGAACACGAGGAGAGUAACUCGAGUAGAAGCCAUGAUGAGCUCUCCUCGAAACUCGACAGGAAGGUCAUGUUCGAUUGCGUUGGCGAGUUCUUGGACUACAAGUGCAGGCAAAGGUCGUGGGGCGAGCUCAGAGGGGUGUUGCUCGAGAGGAAAGGGUGGCUGGCGAAGGAGUUGCACAAGGAGAUAUUAGGGUGGAAGACCAUGGGAGAUAUGAUGGUGGAUGAGCUUGUGGAUGGGGACAUGAGCUGUGGGGAUGGGAAGUGGGUCGACUUCGGAGUGGAAGCAUUUGAAGAAGGUGCGGAGACAGCAGAUGGGAUUCUCGGAGAGUUCAUUGAUGAAUUAGUUUGUGAUCUUUUGAUUCUGUAAAGUUAGGUAAAAGGCCAGUUGAUCACUUGAUCUCUCUGGUCUCUGCUCUAUUUUGUUAUUCUGUCAAAUGUGGUGGUCAUAGUUCGCAAGUUAACAAGUUUCUUGUACUCUACUUCCAAGUUAUGUAUAGGAAAGUUGGAGCUGCUGAGAGACGUGUUAACAUUUGGACUGAUAUCUUGGCCUCUUCAAGGCAAAUGUGGGAGGUGAAAUUGAAAUGACAGUUUUCGGAUUGGGGCUUUGCCUACACUGGAACUCCUUGUUAUAAGAAACAAACCGGAUUAA